UUGUUGUUGUUGUUGUUCAUGAAGUGCUUAUCUCCAAAGUCACCACUAACUCGUCACGCAUUGUGGAGCACGGUGCAUUGCGUAAGUGAGACGUGAGAAUUGAACGCGGACAGCCUCGCGAGCACUGUCACUGAGAGCAGAAAGGCGCGUGAGCUCUCCAACUGCACAGCGCUGUCGCUUGAGCGCGCGAGUGCGCGAGACAGCAGAACCGGUCGAACUAGCGAGGGAAGUAAAGGCGCUCUAGCUUAACAUAAACCAGCUGAGGUUUUCACACAGUUUACGCUUUGAUUGUCCUACAAACUAUUUCCCUCACCCCUACGUUCUUUGUUUAUUUAUUCCUUUUCUUCUUCUUCUUCUUUUUCUCCGGAUCCAUUCCGCUCGCGCACAGCAGGCAUCCACGCAGUGCUUCGUCACUCCGGUAGCCUACGUAUUAAUGAAACGCAAGUAGUUCAGGAGAGACUGGCUGAGCGCAAAGCGAUCUGUGCAUGGAGAACGGAGGUUGUGGGAACGUUUGUUUAGGAAGAAGAGGAAGAAAACGAGGAGAAAGGAUCGCACGUGGGACGAAACCGGAUGCGUGAAAAGUUCAUUCUGUUGCUGCAGGAUUUAAAAAAGCAAGCAAGCAAACAAACAAACAAACCGGCGCGUUAUUUCUUCGUGGAUCACCUAUACCAAUUUUGAAGGACAGAACUGAGUGGUUAAGCGCACGUAUGCAUGGACACUUACUGAGGAUUUGGAGACAUCGAUUGCGCACGAGAUCGGGGAUUCCCUUAUAGGAAGGAAAACGAGGCAAAUGCAAUUGGGCUUUCAUUAAGAUGUAGCCUGAAGUGCACACCGCUUCCCAGAACUAACCGAGCACAAUUCUCUGACAGGCUCUAUAAUGAACCCGGCAUCAUAGCUCUUAUACAUUUCGUGCACACAGAGUUGGAGCAUGUGGAAGUGACUAAAGACGAGUGCGCACGCAUGCUUUCUUUCUUCAUAGAGCUUCAUUAGGUUCCUCUCGGCGUUGCUCCAAGCGUGAGACACCGGGGAGAUAUUUCAGCGAUCAUGCAUUUCCUUCUGCGUCCUCAGGUGUUUUCCAUCUGGAUCACACUGUUCUCUGGGGCCACAGCCGAGCUCACGUGCGACACUUUGCUCCUUCUGUCUACCAACCUCACGGCUCGCACGUUAAUGCUAUGGAACCAGACUACAAGCUCGAGUAAUGCCACAGGUUUAUACUGUAAUAUAUCUAUAGAUGGCAUCGGGACAUGUUGGCCCAGGAGCAGCGCGGGGGAGAUAGUAGCACGGCCGUGUCCUGAGACCUUCUUGGGUGUCCGCUACAACACCACCAAUAACGUCUACAGAGAAUGUCUGGCUAAUGGAACUUGGGCGAAGAAGGGAAACUAUUCUCAGUGUCAAGAAAUUCUCAACGAAGAGAAAAAGAGCAAGCUGCACUACCACAUUGCAGUGAUUAUAAACUACCUUGGCCACUGUAUCUCUCUCGGAGCUCUUCUGGUUGCCUUCAUUCUCUUUAUGAGGCUGAGGAGUAUCCGAUGCCUUAGGAACAUCAUUCACUGGAAUCUGAUUACGGCUUUUAUCCUGCGCAAUGCAACAUGGUUCGUCGUGCAGCUGACCAUGAACCCGGAGGUGCAUGAGAGCAACGUGAUCUGGUGCAGGCUGGUUACAGCAGCGUAUAAUUACUUUCAUGUGACCAACUUCUUCUGGAUGUUUGGUGAGGGCUGCUAUCUGCACACGGCCAUCGUGCUGACCUACUCCACCGAUAAGCUCAGGAAGUGGAUGUUCAUCUGUAUCGGCUGGUGUAUUCCCUUUCCUAUCAUCGUUGCAUGGGCCAUUGGUAAGCUGUACUACGACAAUGAAAAGUGCUGGUUCGGGAAGCGAGCUGGGGUUUAUACUGACUACAUCUAUCAGGGUCCCAUGAUCCUUGUUCUUCUGAUCAACUUUAUUUUCCUUUUCAACAUCGUGAGGAUCCUGAUGACGAAGCUAAGAGCCUCCACCACAUCAGAGACAAUUCAGUACAGGAAAGCGGUGAAAGCCACUCUGGUCCUGUUGCCUCUCCUCGGCAUCACCUACAUGCUUUUCUUCGUCAACCCCGGAGAGGACGAAAUCUCCCAAAUCGUCUUCAUCUAUUUCAAUUCUUUCCUUGAGUCCUUUCAAGGUUUCUUCGUGUCCGUGUUUUAUUGCUUCCUGAACAGUGAAGUCCGUUCAGCUGUCCGGAAGCGCUGGCACCGUUGGCAGGACAAGCACUCAAUCCGGGCACGGGUGGCACGUGCCAUGUCCAUUCCCACCUCACCCACUCGGGUCAGCUUCCACAGCAUCAAGCAGUCAUCCGCUGUCUGAUCUUAACUGAUAUCGAGCACUACAACUUUCCUUUUAGUGCACUCCCCCUUACCCUCCAUUGCUAAGCAAACCCAGGGAACAGCUGCAGUCCAAACAGGGUACAAGACCUUCAGUUCUAUAAUGGCGCAAAAAGUGGUGUGCAAACGUAGACACAAGUUCUAGACUAGUCUACCAGCGUGGUGGUGGAGAAAGAGAGAUGGGAGGAAGAAACCUGGAGCAGGAGUUACCCUCUGAUCAAGUGAGAGGGGGGUGAGACUACUCGAUCAUCCUCUGAAGAAUAAAGGGUAGAAAUUCCAAGCUUCAAAAACACUGUGAUGGGGCCUGUCUGGUUGUAAUGGUCAACAUUUAAUUUAAUUGCUUUCCCCUUGUCAGCUCUUUUUGUGAGGGAUUUUUCACUCAGAGACUGCUGGGGUCAAAUCAGGAUAAAGUUGUAUCAGGAUAACGGAGCCUGGAAGCGUUAUGGAAAAGUCUGUCGAAAUACCUGCAGCUUCAAAACAAAGCAUUUGGUGAACUUUGAUGGUGACACUUUCCAUGUGGUCAUAGAUGGAACAGGCCAGUUUGGGAUAAACAAAAAAAAAAUUUUUGUUGGUAUUAGGUAGCUGAAGUGUUGUAUAUUAGAAUGGGUACAAGUUCAGAGAAUAUAUGGACCAUCUCUCAAAUAUAAAAUGAUUGCAGCUUUCUCAGUCUGCUGCCCUUUAACAUAAGGAGUCAUUAUAAACAUGAAUACUCAGUUAAGUCUUUUAUUUUGUUCUCAAACACAGUCAGUUAUCACAGAAAGGAUUCAGAGGUUUGUUAAAGCACUACCCUUUCUAAUAUCACAACUUCUCAAAUGAUUUCCCACAAUUUGUACCAUUCCAUUAAGCAAGUUAAACAGAGAGAUUACCUAAGACAGUAGUAACUACAAUCAACCCCAGAAGCUAGCAUAUGGCUUGUGAGGUUUUUGUUUAAGAGUAUUCAUUCAAGAGGACCAAUAAUAUAAUCUUAGAAGCUAUGAAAUUUCAACAAAUAUGAUUCGUCCUUAUGUUUUGUCCCAUCACUGCAUUAUGGAAAGCUAUUGAGUUUCUUUCACUUUCAAAUCCUACUUAUAUAAAUGGUCAUCUGUAUUUUAGCACACUGUGAAGUUUUGGCCCGUGUGGUAUAUCUUACGUCCAUAAUGUUUUCAAGGGUUAGGGUUAGAGUUAGGGUUAACCCGAUGGCCAACUUAAUAUAUUCAAAUACAAUCCAGCUUCCUGUUUAGAUUCUGCUUCAUUCUACAGAUGACUUUAGGCAAACAAGGUGCAUACAAACCAAGCAGCACUAGAAAUAAGAAAAGGCAAUUCUCUAAAUGAAAAUCCCAAACCACACCAAAAGCAUGUAGAGGCGUGUGAGAGGAUUUGUUUGUGCUUUAAACAGACACAGUUUCACUGUUCCAGCUUUAAAAACCCUGUCAAUUUGUACAGAAACUGGAAACACAGUUUGACUUUGAUCACUCAAGCUUUUUGCAAAAAGACAGAAAAUGUCAAGCACAAGAAGGCAGCCAUUAUGUUAAUUGUGGAAAGUUUUUUUUUUUUCCCCCCAGGGCAGUGUUUUUGUCAUAAAGCAUGCUGAUAAAACAUUUAGGAGAGAUAUAUGGGAUGGCACAAGAUUAAAGUUGCACUGCCCCGGGGAUCUAAAAUUCUAAUCCAAUCUAUGAUCUGUGCCAUUGGGAGAGAAAAAGCUGUAAAGCUGUCCAUAUCAGUAAGAAUAGGCAACAUCUGCAAACAUCAUUCAGAUCUCUCUGAAUUCAAGGAACUUACAAACCAGAGCGAGGAAAUGGUCACAUGUGCUGUAACCCUACAUUCAGAGUCAAUGCGAUAGCCAGCCAUUUCUUUUCACUGUACACAGGCGUUGAUGUCAGCAACAGCUGUAAGAGACAGCAGUUGAGAAUUUUCUCAGUUCUGCUAAUUAUGACUUAGAAAUGCGACAAAUUAAAUACAAUCAGCUUGAGCCGAACAUGUCGUAUAGAGACAUUAUGAAAAAAAAGUAAAACAUAGCUCGCAUGGCUAGCUUGCGUUGCUACUCUGUCAACGAAGCUAGUACAAAGCCUAGCGUGUAAACAAAUUCACACUGAACAGACAUAAAUUUGUAGUUCAUGACUAGAAUAGUCACCGAAUUGAAUUCGCAUAGAGCUAGUUGGCUAUAGAAGUAAAAUGUAUAGCUACUAUUUUUUCUCAUGGUACAGAAAAAUGGUGGAAAGUGUAGUAAACACAAAAAUGAGAAAUUUGGCAGUGCACACCAACAAGAGUCAGAUAUGAGUGACUUGAUAAAAAUUGAUGUGCAAUUGAUCAAGACUGGAUUUAUCGAAACUGAUCCAAAAAUUAGUGUAUAAGAUCCAAAUAGUGGCUGACUCGUACCUUAGCAUCCGAAUACCACAAUAUACUAUUGUGAUUAAACAUAUGUUACAUAAGUUGAUACAGAAAUAACACAAUUCUAAUGACAGACAUCAAGCUGGUUCUUCUCUGCCAUCUGAUUUUGGUUUGAUUUUAUUCCAGUUUGGUCUUGGUCUUAUAUCAGGAUUUUCCCACUCGUGCUUGUUCAUUGCAGUUUACAGUAUAGUUCAGUUUGGUCAUUUGGUUUAUUUCAUACUUGUUAGCAUGGGUCUUGUCUUGGCCAUGGCUUAGACUAUCUUGACUAGUACACUGCAAUCUACAGAAUACAGAAUUAUCCAAAACUAUAACUUUGUUAAAUGUGUCCUCAUUGGACCUGCUAUUGUUAAGCUGAAGGAUGAAGCAUCAGUGUUGAAAAUUUCUCAGUGUUCGUUUAGCACAUUUCAGCCCUCAACUCCAAUCAGUUUUGUUGCAUGUUGCUGGAUGGUGACCCUUGAAAGUAAAUAAGACACAUUUCCAGGUUAGUUAAAAAGUAUUGAUCACCAUGAAGCAACAUUUAAUUCCCUGUGAUGACUUCAACUCGCGAGAUUCCCCAAAAGUGCAGUAAAAUGAUAGCGAGAGUUCUUUACAUGCUCUUUCAGACAUUCAUAAUGAUAGAUCUAUGAUUUCCGACUUGGAACACAAAACCCGAUAUCUAUUUCAUUAAGUGAUGAGACACGCUUUGACAGAUGCCGAUGGAUAUUUUACAAUUUGUGCCGUCAUUAUUGUGGAAGAUCACACUAGGUCCUUCAUAUGCAAGCACUUAAAUGACAUGAAAAUCUUCACAGUUAUGUCAUCUCUGUAACUCUCUGGUUUCCCUAUUAAAGCGGGGAUCUUGGUUUGAAAAACAGCUCACAGGUCCAUGAUUCAGCUGACCGAGACCUGUGACUGCAAACUGCUGACUCUGGGCACUGGGCAGCAUCUAACCUUUGGAUGAUAUCCAAAAAGCAAUGACACUCAGGAUCUAUAACAUUUCUACAUUCUCCCAUGUCCUAUAUUCUCUAGUGUGUUAGUCAAGGGUCAAGGUGAAGUAGAUAAGCAUGUAUGUAAUUCUGUACAUUCGGC